CGUUCCAAGGCCUCUGUGUGCCCUCGGAGUAGCCAUGAUGAGCAAAGCUCACCCUCCCGAGUUGAAAAAAUUUAUGGACAAGAAGUUAUCAUUGAAAUUAAAUGGUGGCAGACAUGUCCAAGGAAUAUUGCAGGGAUUUGAUCCCUUUAUGAAUCUUGUGAUAGAUGAAUGUGUGGAGAUGGUGACUAGCAGACAACAGAACAAUAUUGGAAUGGUGGUAAUACGGGGAAAUAGUAUCAUCAUAUUAGAAGCCUUGGAAUGA